AUUUUUGUGCGUGCUUACGUCGGUCCGCCAUAUUGUUGUAAGAGGAAGGAGCAGGGAAAGAAAACAACAACAAGAAGUAGUUGGGACGCUUUCUGUUGCAGGUCCCUGGGAGCAGUGGUGUUCUUCGCCCGGCUAAUCAAUCUUAUUGGCAUGUAAUUCACCACCAAACCAGCUGUACCUCCUUUAUGGACUGGAACAACUGUAGAGACUCCAUAUUUCAGCCCUCUGGGAUGCUGACCUCCUGAAGACACAAACUCUGGCAGCACUUAUUAGCUGACUAUCUAGAGAAGAAGAAUCAAGUGCACUUAACUAGAGAGAUGAAAGAAUAACUGGGUUAUGACAUUUUGUCUGGGAAUCGGCUUCACCUGAAUGUAGAACACAUGUCUUAGCAACUGCCAGCUGAGGAAUUCACAUUUUUGGAGUUUGAUUUGGAGCCACGAAAAGGAAGCUUUUUUCUGUUUUUUUAUUGCCAUAGGAUUGGCAUGGAUGAAGAGGUACAGCAUAGCUUGGAAUGUAUCCAGGCAAACCAGAUUUUCCCCAGAAAGCAGCUAAUUCGAGAAGAAGAGGACUUACAGGUUCCUUUUCCCGAGCUUCAUGGUGAGAGUACAGAGUAUGUUGGACGGGCAGAAGAUGCCAUCAUUGCACUUUCUAAUUAUAGGCUGCACAUCAAAUUUAAGGAAUCUGUAGUCAAUGUUCCUCUUCAACUUAUUGAGAGUGUUGAAUGCAGAGACAUUUUUCAGCUCCAUUUAACAUGUAAAGACUGCAAAGUUAUCAGGUGUCAGUUCUCUACAUUUGAACAGUGUCAGGAGUGGCUUAAAAGACUUAAUAACAUUAUUCACCCACCUUCACGGAUUGAAGAUCUUUUCUCUUUUGCGUAUCAUGCCUGGUGCAUGGAAGUUUAUGCCAGUGAAAAAGAGCAGCAUGGAGACCUGUGUCGGCCAGGUGAACAUGUAACAUCAAGAUUUAAGAAUGAGGUUGAGCGAAUGGGCUUUGAUGUUCACAAUGCAUGGAGGAUUUCUCACAUCAAUGACAAGUACAAAUUGUGUGCAAGCUAUCCACAGCAGUUAAUUGUACCAGCUUGGAUCACAGAUAAAGAACUGGAGAGUGUAGCGACUUUCAGAUCUUGGAAACGCAUUCCUGCAGUGGUAUAUCGACACCAGAGUAAUGGAGCAGUGAUUGCUCGUUGUGGACAGCCUGAGGUGAGCUGGUGGGGCUGGAGGAAUGCUGAUGAUGAGCACCUUGUUCAAUCCAUUGCUAAGGCUGGUGCCGUGGAUUCCAAUAUAAACAGCAAGUUGAUGAAUGGAAACUGCCCCAAGGACUUCAUCAGCGGGGUGGAUCUCUCCGAUGGCGAAUUUGAUUCAUCUGUGACCAAUGCUUCUGGAGUUGACAGCUUGGCUAUCCAGCCACGGAAGCUCCUGAUUUUGGAUGCUAGAUCCUAUGCUGCAGCUGUAGCAAACAGAGCCAAAGGUGGAGGAUGUGAAUGUCCAGAAUAUUAUCCAAACUGUGAAGUUGUAUUUAUGGGAAUGGCAAACAUUCAUUCCAUUCGGAAAAGUUUUCAGGCACUUCGCCUUCUCUGCACACAGAUGCCAGAUCCCGCAAAUUGGCUGUCUGCACUAGAAAGUACAAAGUGGCUGCAGCACCUGUCAGUGCUGCUCAAGUCUGCCUUGGUGGUGAUCCAUGCAGUAAACAGAGACCAUCGACCUGUCUUGGUACACUGUUCUGAUGGGUGGGAUCGCACUCCACAAAUUGUUGCCCUGGCUAAACUACUGCUGGAUCCAUAUUAUCGGACAAUUGAGGGAUUUCAAGUGCUGGUCGAAAUGGAAUGGUUAGAUUUUGGUCACAAAUUUGCAGAUCGCUGCGGUCAUGGGGAGAAUUCCGAUGAUCUGAAUGAACGUUGCCCAGUGUUUUUACAGUGGUUAGAUUGUGUCCAUCAACUCCAGAGGCAGUUCCCUUGCUCCUUUGAAUUUAAUGAAGCAUUCCUGGUAAAACUAGUUCAGCACACCUACUCCUGUCUUUUUGGGACAUUCCUUUGCAACAACACAAAGGAGAGAGAGGAAAAGCACACUCAAGAACGAACGUGUUCCGUUUGGUCUCUACUUCGGCCAGCAAAUAAAUCCUUUAAGAACCUGCUCUACUCCACAAAUUCAGAAACUGUUCUGUAUCCAGUAUGCCAUGUUCGCAACCUCUUGCUCUGGAAUGCCGUUUACUUGCCCAGUUCUUCACCUUCCACACCUGUUGAUGAAACCUGUGCACCAUAUCUUGUCUCAUGCUCUGCUAGUGAUGACCAGCAUCUGGGAAGAUUACCAAAGACGCGAUCAUUUGACAAUUUGACAACCACAUGUGACAGCAGUACACCUACUACAAACCGACGUUCUAGUGAUCCCAGUCUGAAUGAGAAAUGGCAAGAGCACCGCAGGUCUCUGGAAUUAGGCAACCUUGGAAAUCCAUCUGGACUUGAUGGAAGUGGACUGGAAGACCCAAUUAAUGGGGAUAUCACAGAAUUUGGGAAAAAAGGAAGAACUCUUGGGGGAGCUGAACUGUCUGUGGCUGCUGGUGUUGCCGAGGGGCAGAUGGAAAAUAUUUUACAAGAGGCUUCCAAGGAAGAGAAUGGUUUGGACGAAUCUGUGAAAGGUUCUGACAGCACAGAUGGCAGAAACUGGGAACAAAAUAUUACACGUGAGGAUAGUGGCUUGGGCUGUGAACUCUCUAAUCCUGGUUUCAGUGCACUGGGCAAGGAGUGUGAACUAUCAGUAGAUGCUUUAUUAAUUAAUCCUUUGCCCCAUCUUCAACUUAGCUUUCAAAAUGAUCAUGAACUCAAACAGUUAAAUGAUAGGGCACAGGUAGAUUCUACGAACACUGUUCAGGUGUUAGUAAAUACAGAACCUGUUCCUUUGAUCAAGCAUGUAGAUAAAAAUGAAGUCAAAAACACUGAAUGCCAAGAUGCUAGUGUUUUACCCCCAAGUUCUGAAAGUCAGCAUAGAGUACAACAGCCCAACUCACCACCUGUUCUUUUCCAUAGCCCACAGGAUGAGAAAGCAUCCCUUAUGGAAAGUUCUACAGAAACGUUAACGGAAGAUGGAGCAAAACAGGAAGUGUCCAGCUGCAUUAAUGGCCCCUUCUCUAAAAAUAUUAGUAAUCCUACAUUACCAUUGUCUGUUGAAGCCUCUGUGGAAGAGGAGACUGCAGUAGAGGUACCUCAUCUGUCAGCAGGAGAAAGCUGGACUUCAGAUAAGACCAUACAGCUCAUGCCGUCUCCUGCCUGUGCCUUGGUUUCAGAUGGCCAUAAAGAUGAAAUCAUUUGCAAUGGAGAGAUGACAGAUGAAGGACUGGUAAUGGACAGAUUGUCAAACUUUAACAUAUGUGUACAAAAGUACAGUACUUUAAAUGGUCAUUGUUCAACUGGAGAGACUGGAAGUAGAAGAGCUGGCCUAAGUCGACAAGUUUCACUUACCAGUUGUGGGUCAGUUCAUUUCCAACCCAAGAACUUUUAUCACAGGUGGCUACAAGGCCAGCAAAGCAAACAGCAGCUGACAGGUAGCCAAGAUCAGGCAGCCCGCAGUCACCUGGAUGAUGAUGGCUUGGCAGUUCACAGCGAUGUUGUUCAACAGCGCCUUCGACAGAUAGAGGCAGGACAUCAGCAAGAAGUGGAGACUCUAAAAAAGCAAGUGCAGGAGCUGCGAAGUAGACUUGAGAGCCAGCUUUUGAAUAGUUCACUGUGCUUUAGUGGUGACUUUGCAGAUGAAGUGACUUCAGUCCACGACUGUGAAUGCAAUCUUGAUCAUAACUGCUUGUCAAGGUGUAGUACAGAAAUUUUUUCUGAUGCCAGUUGGGAACAUGUGGAUAAACAAGACACAGAGGUGACAAGAUGGUUACCUGAUCAUCUGGCAGCUCACUGCUGUGGCUGUGAUAGCAAAUUCUGGUUGGCCAGCAGAAAACAUCACUGCAGAAAUUGUGGGAAUGUAUUCUGCUCCAGCUGCUGCAACCAGAGGGUACCUGUUCCCAGCCAGCAGCUUUUCGAACCCAGUCGUGUGUGCAAGUUCUGCUACAAUAGCCUCCAGCCGAACAGCUGUAGCCUGGAGCUUAAACUGGACAAGCCUAUUGCUGCAUCGUCAAACUGAACAGUCUAGCUAUGGUAGUGCUGUACACGUUUCUUCUACUUAAACUGAUGGACAAACACGCACAUUAAUGCAGGACUGAAAGUAAGAGACUGCAGGGUGUGUCCACCCCAACUCUCUCAUAUCACUUGUACAGAAGAAAAAUGGCGUGUAGUAUUUCUGGUUGUAGUGGAACACAGAUAACUGCAAUAAGGUUUCUGUAUGCUGUGAAUACAGUUUUUAGAUAGUUUAUGGUGCAGACACAAUAAUCAAUUGAGAAAAGGGUUGGGAUACAUGUAGUGCUCGCUUUGUUGUCAGUGGUGAUAUGGGGGCCCCUGUUUAAAAUAAGUACCAUUUAGCAGACUGGGGACAUGGCAGUGCUGCUCCCCAUUUAUUAAAGUAUUGUAUAUACUGUUUGACUUGGAUAUAUUGUAAAUUCAUUCAGAGAAUGUUAUGAAAAGAUAAAAUAUUUAUUAAAUAAAAUGCAGCUGACUGUAAAACCUUAGCUCUUUGAUGACAUAACUGCCAAAAGAUUUGCCCCCCCCCCCCCAAUUUUUUUUAUGAGUCAGGCUCAUUUCACAGUCUUAAAAUCAAGAGUAUAAUGUAAAGAUGUCAAUGAAGCUCCCAGUCAGUGGCUUCUGGGGCAGACUUGUGCUUGCACUUGUUACUGAAACUGUAGUUAUACAGGCCUUCAGUUUUUCAUCCUGGUCUUUCAGAUGCUGAGUUGUUUGUAGUAUGAAUUAUAGAAUAUUCUAGGGUGAAUUAUUCUUGGAGUAAAUUUUCUAGGCCACUUAACCUCUUAGUGUUUACAUGGAAUAAACAACUAAUAUGUGGAUAGACCAAAAUCAUACAAUGCUCUUUGCCUUACAGUGAAUAAAAACAGUCAUUCAGACAUUAGUUUUUUACUUCUGAAUGUCUGCCAAGCUUGCUAAGAGUUAAAAGUGCAUAUUGAACUUUUCCACUCAUUAGCUGGUUGGCAAGGUGGCCAUAUUCAUGAGCAUCUAAACAGUACCUAGGAUAACGUAAUGCUUAAAUCUUUAGAGGAGGAAUGGGGUGUACAUAGUAACACAGAAGUUGGCAGCAAAGCUGUCUUCUGUGAAAAAAAUGCUUGCUUGACUGCAAGCUCUCCUCUCCCUUAAGAGGAAGUAUUACAUCUGUUGCACCUGCAUUUUUUUCUUAGUGUUUUAGUACAAAGUAGUGCACUGGCACUUGUCACUAUCCCACCAAGAAGCACAUGAGAGAAUACUUCUAUUCCUAAUUGACUUCCAUGACUUCAGAGUUGCAAAGCCACCAAGUGACAGAAAAUAUUUGUAAAUAAUGCAAAAUGAGCAAACUCUGGUCUUCAGAUUUGCAAGAAGGGGGGUUGGGGAGGUACUGCUCUAUGUAUUAGAAGCAAAGCAUUUCUCCCAAAUGUUAACUGCAGAUCUAACUUGUUUGCACUGUAAAAGCUGACUCCUCUUCGGUUUGCCUGACACUUUGAGGAUUUUUAAAAUAUUUUUAUUGCUGUGAUUUUGAAGAUGAGCCACAGGAGGGUGGAGUAGAAAAGCCUCAAAGAAAAGAAGGAAAAAAAAAAUUAUUCCUGGUGCCAAGAGGUUACAUUACGGGUUUCUGGAACUGAGAUGUAUAUUGUGCAUAAUUUUCAUGGCAGUUGUCUUUUUUUUUUCUAUUGUUAAAGCACUUUUUCUUUGUAUGAGGGCAGAGUCCUCUAGCUGUGUAUAUAGCUUUGGUUCCUAGAGCGCUCCUUACUGAUGAAGAUUAUUUUUCCAGUUUGCUUCCCAGAGGAGUUAAUACUUUAGAAUUUUAAACAUAAUAGAUGUGUAAUAAAAAUUAGUAUUUGCAUGGUAGCAUUUGCUAACUCUGAUGGGACUUUUUUUCCAGUUAGAAACUGAAGCAUUUCUUCAGUUAAUACAGCCUUAUCAGUAAAUUGAAAAGAAGCAAGCGUGCUGCCUUUAAUAUGUAUGAAAUAAUAUAGAAUAAAAUCUAAAUCUUGUCUUUUAUUCUAAAAAGACAACCCUUCUGUAGAUGAAGGAUGUGCUGUGCUUCUUGAAGGAUUUGUUGUCAUCAUGUGACUUGCACUAAAAGUUACAGAUCAUAUAACUGGAACUGCAGCCUCUUAAUAGCAAGGUGUAUGGUCAUUUAUGGUGCUUGUGGUGGUGAGCGGGGAUUGAUACCAGAUACGCUACGUAUUACUUGUUCUAGUUUCAGCUUCUCAACAGGUCUGACUUAGCUACGAGUUGAUGCAAAUGCAUUCCAAGAAAACAAGCUACCUUCAAAGAGCACAUCCAAGUUAUUGUAGUUCCUUUAAGCCCAGUUUACUACAGAAUUUUGUUACGUGUUGGUGUUCUGUAUCUCUUGUUUAACAACCUGAGUGGCUGACUUGCUUGUCUUGCAAUUUGUGCUAUACAAAAAGCUUUUAAAAGUAUCUGUGCCCCUGAUUUCUUUAUGGAAAAAAAGCUGUCUCAGUCACCUGUCAGCCUGUGGUCAUCAUAUUUGAAAAGAGGUGUGUAUGACUGAUCUUGAGUGAACCAUAUACCAGAUGCACUCACUUUCACCUUCCUUUGAGUUACAUUUUCAACUUAAAGAAAUGUAUUAGUGGAAAAAAAUGUUUGCCCACUGAGUACCUUGGCUUAAAGUGACUUGGGUAGAACGACUCCUCUUUCCAAAUCUGUUACCACACACCAUGUAGGUGAGCUUUGAGGAUUAAACAUACUACAGUCAUUCAAGUGCAAUAUUGGACUAAAAUUGUUUUUGUUUUGUUUUUUUUUUAUACUGAAGAAUGGCAUUUGUAAAAAGACUUAGUUGGCUGUCCUGAACGAUGAGUGGUUGGCAAGCUUUAACUUUUACAAUGCAAACUCACCAUGGAGCGAAUGCGAUUCCACUGCAUACACCCUACCAUUCCUAAUUGGCCUUAUAAAUUAGUUUUAUCUCAGACUUGAAUUAUAGGCUCAGUUCUUACAUGAUGCUCAGCUCAUCUUAAGAUUUCACCUUUUAUGUCUUUUAUGUCUUUUUUUUUAUCACAGUUCACAAACUUUAUAGGAUGUGAAUAACAACAGUGCAAAUAAAAUGUUCUCCAGACUGUUUAAGAGGAUAUCUCUUCUGAAUUUAUCAGUAAAUGACUUAAUUGUAGUGGCCAUACAAAAUCCUCUCUGAUUUUUUUUUUUGUUUAGCUAAAUAUGCAAACAACACUGAAAGCCAGAUUUGUUUUAGCUCGUUGAAUUUUUAAACAAGUCAGAAAUGAGAUUAAGAAGUUACUUCACACACACACAAAAAUCAAUUGUUACACCACACAGCUCUACCCCCAUUUGUAACAGCAUAAUGAUUUUUUUUCUGUAGCCUCUGUCAUUUUAAAAUUCAAUAAAUCUGUCAUUUUCA